GCCGCUUCCGCGCUUGUCCCUCGCGCGCCGCCGUAGGAGGAAGCCGAGCGCGCGGGGGGGCUGCGGCGUGAGGGGCCCGUAGGCCGCGGCGGCUCCGCUUCCCCCUCCGAGCCCAAUGUGAGCCGCCCCGCGGCGGGGCCUGCGAGCGCGGCCAUGAAGAAGGACGUGAGGAUCCUGCUGGUGGGAGAACCCAGAGUUGGGAAGACAUCACUAAUUAUGUCUCUUGUCAGUGAAGAAUUUCCAGAAGAGGUUCCACCACGAGCUGAAGAAAUCACCAUUCCAGCUGACGUCACCCCUGAAAGAGUGCCAACCCACAUAGUAGAUUAUUCAGAAGCAGAGCAAAGUGAUGAGCAGCUUUACCAUGAAAUAUCACAGGCAAAUGUGAUUUGUAUAGUAUAUGCUGUUAACAACAAGAAUUCUAUUGAUAAGGUAACAAGUCGAUGGAUUCCUCUCAUCAAUGAAAGGACAGACAAAGAUAGCAGGCUGCCUCUUAUAUUAGUUGGAAACAAGUCUGAUCUAGUGGAAUAUAGCAGUAUGGAAACUAUCCUUCCCAUUAUGAAUCAAUAUACAGAGAUAGAAACCUGUGUAGAGUGUUCAGCAAAAAACUUGAAGAAUAUAUCUGAGCUAUUUUAUUAUGCACAGAAAGCUGUUCUACAUCCUACUGGUCCUCUUUAUUGCCCAGAGGAGAAAGAGAUGAAACCUGCCUGUAUUAAAGCACUCACUCGCAUUUUUAGAAUUUCUGAUCAGGAUAAUGAUGGUACUCUCAAUGAUGCAGAGCUCAACUUCUUUCAGAGAAUUUGUUUUAAUACACCGUUGGCACCUCAGGCUUUGGAAGAUGUAAAGAAUGUAGUCAGGAAAAACCUAAGUGAUGGAGUUGCAGAUAAUGGGUUAACAUUAAAAGGUUUUCUUUUUCUACACACACUUUUCAUUCAGCGAGGAAGGCAUGAAACAACUUGGACUGUUUUGCGUCGCUUUGGAUAUGACGAUGACUUAGAGCUUACACCAGAGUACUUGUUUCCUCCGCUAAAAAUUCCUCCAGACUGCACAACAGAAUUAAAUCAUCAUGCAUACUUGUUUCUUCAAAGUAUUUUUGAUAAACAUGAUUUGGAUAGAGAUUGUGCUUUGUCUCCCGAUGAAUUGAAAGAUUUGUUCAAAGUCUUCCCUUACAUGCCAUGGGGGCCUGAUGUUAACAACACUGUUUGUACAAAUGAAAGGGGGUGGAUUACAUACCAAGGGUUUCUCUCUCAGUGGACACUAACCACAUACUUAGAUGUACAGCGUUGCUUGGAGUACCUGGGUUAUUUAGGCUACUCAAUACUUGCAGAACAAGAAUCUCAAGCAUCAGCAAUUACAGUAACAAGAGAUAAAAAGAUAGACCUCCAGAAAAAACAGACUCAGAGAAAUGUUUUCCGAUGCAAUGUGGUUGGAAUGAAAGGCUGUGGGAAAAGUGGAGUUCUUCAGGCUCUUCUUGGAAGAAAUCUAUUAAGGCAGAGGCAAAUACGUGCAGAACACAAAUCGUACUAUGCCAUUAAUACAGUCUAUGUAUAUGGACAGGAAAAAUACUUGCUGCUACAUGAUGUCAGUGACUCUGAUUUCUUAACUGACGCUGAGACCAUAUGCGAUGCUGUCUGCCUGGUAUACGAUGUCAGUAACCCCAAGUCCUUUGAGUAUUGUGCCAGGAUUUUUAAGCAGCACUUCAUGGAUAGCAGAAUACCAUGCUUAGUGGUAGCUGCAAAGUCUGACUUGCACGAAGUUAGACAGGAAUAUAGUAUUUCUCCUGCUGAAUUCUGCAAAAAACACAAAAUGCCUCCACCUCAAGCCUUUACUUGCAAUACUGUUGAUGUGCCGAGUAAGGAUGUAUUUGUUAAACUGACAACUAUGGCAAUGUAUCCCCAUGCCCGGUUACGCUGUAUGUGCGCCUGCAACAGGUGUACAUUUUGCAUCUGUCAGAACUUCCUCAACUCAGACUUGCUGCAAUCUGUAAAGAACAAACUCUUCACUGCAGUUCUUAACAGGAACAGGAUUGUUGGUUUGAACUACCCAGGAUCACGCUUUAUUGGCUCUUUGAGGAAGAAGGCACUGCAUUCAAAGCACUGCACAUGCAUGUAUGAAACUUGUUGCUAUUCUGUAGCAUUUUUGUAUUUUUAUUUUGUUUUUCCUUUAGAUGUUCAUUUGUAUUUGUCUGGCUGGCACUUAAUUUCUUUUUACUACAUUGUUUUACCUCUUUUUAAAAGCAAGAUUUCUGCUUAUGUCAUUCUAACCCGUUCUUUAAUGAUGAGCCUGGAUUUUUGGCUUUUUUUUGAUUACAGAGCAUCAAUUUAAGAGUGCUUUUCUACUUUCUUGCUUUUAAAUCAUUCAUUUGUUGCCUUUUGCUUGUAUAGUAGUUGCGUUUUUCUGUCAGCUAAAUUCAUUUCAAAGUAAAACAAUUCUGAUGCAUGAGAAUUGUGGUGUUCAGUGAAGGGAGGCUUCUCAGAGCAUGUUUUUCUUCCAUCUAAAGUUUUUAAAUAUUGUGGAAUAGAAUUGAACUCUACUUGCAUAUAAAACAUGGUUGUUUCAGGAAUUAUUUGUAAGAUUACUUUUUUUUUCUAUGAAAACCUUCCUUCUGUGAGAUUGAAGUUAAGACCAUAGUUUCAUUUUCCUCUAACAAUGGGAAAGCUUUAAGAGUAUAACCCAGGAUUUAUUUUUCACUAUGUGCAGAGUACGCAGGUUAUUUGUCAAAACUAGAGUAUAUUGCGAUUAAAUCUAAUUGCAGAAAUCUACCCCUAUGCUUAGGUGUCCCCAAAAUUAGGACAGUAUUUUACUUACCUAUUUUCCUCUUUCUCUAAACUGUUUAAUGCCCCAUACUGAGCAGAAGUUUUCAAAGCUGCAUCCUCUGAUUUCUUUCCAAAUAGAAUAUAUCGAAUUGGCAUUUUAUGAGGUGUUUUUUUAGUUUUUGUAGAUAAUAAGAUGCACUUGGAGCUUUUCAUGUUUUAGAUAACUAAUGCAUGGGGGGAAAUUCUAACUGCUGGAGUUGUUUUGCAUCCUAGGAAAACAUGUGCCUGAAGGGAAGCUGCAGCAGCUUGCACAUGUUAUGCGACGUUUUUGGAAUUCAGUCGCUUAUAUUUUAUUGUUAGAACCUAUUGCCUGCCAGAGCAGGCUGCUGCUGCUUGCUGCCUGCCAUUAGCUUGCUUAUAAUUUUGGUGUGAGUAGCCGUGUGACAAGCCUGUUGGCCUCACCAGUGCGCUUUUAAAGUGCUUUUAUAGUUAGUACAGGAAUGGUUUUGAACUUUUAUAGUUAAGGCUAAACCUUCACAGGCUUGGGAUUCUUCUGCUGCUGACAGGGGAAAAGAGUCAGUAUUGGCCCAUAACUCAGCAAUUCUGUGUGUGUAACCAUGACAGGGCAUGCUCAGUUAACCUCUUAACAAGUGCAUGUUGCAAACUUCUUGUGAGUUGUUAAAGCCUCUUAAAAGAAAGACUGUACAGAUUUCAAAGACCUUAUUCAACAAGUGACAAGUUACUUGACUUACUUUUAAGGGUAGGUUGAAUAAAAAUCUGUCUUUUCUUCCAAAAUGUGCAUUAAAAUCUGAAGUUAAUGCCAAAGGCAAAACCGCUAGACUUUCUUAUAUAUGUGAAACUAAUUGUAUGAUUAAAUAUACACACCAUUUUAUCUGGGAAGUUUGAAAGCUAGCUAUUAUUACUAACAAGCAAGAGCUUCAAAUACAGCUUCAUUUAUGGAGUCCUAACUGCUACUCCGUGUGUGUAUGUGUGCACAUCCAUACAUAUGUUUUACCCUUGGAGACAAUAAUUUUUCUAUUUCAGAGUUACUCUCUUACUAGCAGGGCAACAAUAAUUUUACCACGGGUGAAAAUUAGUUUCAUAAACAGAACUACACUGAAGUAAAAUUUUAACAUUAUUUAUUGAAGAGGUAGAAUUUUUCAGUAUGUAUUGAGAAAUGUUUUUCUUCGUUAUGCCACUUUCAUGUCAAAGAACCUGUGCUGGAAACAAACAUUGAUCCUUUUUUAUUAUUUCAGACAGAUUUUUUUUUUUCCUUUAGUGGUAUCUAAACAUUAUUAGGGAUCGAAGUUGCAAAAGUGGAAUUUAUGACAGCAUAAGGAAUGUUUAAGGAAGAAAAAUUGGAAUUUUUCUCAAAGGUAUAAAGGCAUUAGACAGCCAUAGUGUUCUGAACUUCAGUAAGUAUUUUUAGACUUCGGAUUUUUGGGCUGAGAUGUUCGGAGGGCCCUAAGUGUUUCUUAUUCAAGUCAGUAGAUUUCCUUGAGGUUGUAAGACUUGCCUUGAUUUAGUUCCUUUAUUUAAAUGAGAGAGUCUGUUACAAUUAGGCUUAGAAAAGGGAUCAGAAUCAAUUUACUCUCCCUUUAAACAUGAAAAGAAGAUUUUAUCAUGACUGAGAACAUAUUAAUUGUUUUUAAAAGGAUGAAGUCUGCUCGGGAAUUUUCUUGCAUACCAUUCAAUAUGGACUUGUGAAAAAGUCAAAACAAGGCAAGUUAUAGAUAGGAAUCAGAAUAUCUAGAUGUGAGAGAUAGUGCUUUAUGAGGCAAUGCGAAAGCAUUCAUUUGCAAUUUAAACAGUGAUUUGCACUUUUAAAGAGAUGCUUUUUGAAUUAUACAAAUAGUUGGGCAUUUGAGUUAACCAAAUUGAACUUGAGAGUUGUUAGUUAUACAAAUACUCACCCAGCAGAGCUUGUCACGUAAUCUAUUAAAAUCGUGUUACAUACACGUGAUUUAUUUUACAUACACAGGUUUUAUAAUGUACAUAUCUGAAGACAAGGGAUUUACAGUCUUUGACUAAAUAAACCACCACAUGUAGUGAUAAAAUAGAGUCUUUAAUUGAAUUAUUAACAGUAAUGACAUCGUGUCAGUGUUAGGGCUGAUGUGUUGGAGUCAUUCCAGUGUGUUUAGCAGAGGUACUUUAGCUCAUGCAUAUGAUGCAGGAGUAUUGCAGGGUCCUGUGGACUCAUGAAAACUGAGGUUUUGGGGAUGGAAUGGGAAGAGAUUCAGUUUCUUAAGCAGCUUUUUUGUCCUUAAAGCAAUGGCAUUUAGCCACACAAAAUCAUCUAUCUUACCUAACUGAAGUACAAACUUCAUUUAUUUCUGGUUUUCCCCAAGCACUAAGUCUUUAACAACUGCACAAGAACGAGGGGCUAGAUGGCUAAAAAUGAUAAAAUUCUCUGGGCUUUGUCAUUUGAGCGUAUUUGAGACAUUUGCUGUUGUUGAGCCAUGCUAUGAACUGCAAACUGUGCAUGUGUGUAAAAAGGUUAAGACCCUACAUAGAUGAGUUGGGGGCCAUGCUGUUAGCAGACGAGGAGAGCAGUAUUAUGCAGCAGGUGCACGCCGUCAACUUUGUAGAAGAUUCCAUCUUCAUGGAGUCAUCUCUUGGUCCACGUUUACUUGA